UGCUCUCCCAUGUGCUUUUCUAAUAAGGUUUUUUAUUUAAAACACGGAUGAUUCGAAAACACGAUGUGGGUUUUUUUCAAUUACUUGUGCCUAAUCGGGUGUUUAUCUAUUCUGGGUAAACACGUUGGGGCCUUGAGAAUUCUAUAAAACAAAGUACUGCAGUGCUGGGCACUCCAGCAGCGUCAUCACUUAAAAUCACUACGUAGAAAGAAGUCGGAAGACUUGGUGUUAUAGCCGGUGACUGGUUACCCUCUAUCAGAGUUUUGAGUAUUUUAUGUUGAUUUGAAAAACAACAAAAUUAUCAGGCAGGGAAAGAUUGUGACGGGCGUAAUAUUCUUAUGAUUAGCACGCCUUGACUUUUUGGGUCUAGUAAUUUUUUUUUGAUUACCCAAUAAUAGACUCUUGAAAGAAAUUAAAUGUAUUGUUAUCGAAUCAUUUGCUUUGUUAUAAAAGUUAAUAAAUGUGCACAGCUAAAACGCUUUUAUCUACUAAAUAAAUUAAUGCCUCAAAGAUUUGAAUCUAUUUCUAAGAAUUAUAUUUAUUUUUUCCUACCUUAAAAACCGAGUAUACUCUUAGCUGUUUUAAACUAAUGGCCAUAAAUAUUGUCAGAUAGUUUGUACACCAUGAAAUUGUUUACACAACAAUCUUUUAGGCACCAAAGAAACCAACGUAUCUUCUAAAAUUAACUUUUCUUGCUUGUUUAUUAAUAGUGACUACCCAUUUAUCCAAAGAGACACAUUGACGACACUGAAAUUGAGCGUAAAAUUCGAGAAUGAGGUGCCAGUGCCCCCUGCAGCACUUUGUUUAGAUUUUAUUUUGAGACUCCGCAAUAUUGAUAGGUGGCGAGUGAGAGAUUCGGAGUGGGGCGAGGUAAUGAGGAAGCCGAAACAGGUUUUUACAGAUUAAACCGUUGGGCGGACGGAGUGCGGCGAUUGUGCGGUGAGGUAAAUUGUUAGUCAGCAUCAGCCCUGUCCGCGUACCCACAUUAUGGACAAAUUGUUUGCUCAUAUUCGCUGCUAUUGAAAGUGGGCACGUACGGGCCGAGCGGCAAGCUUUAACCGAAGACAGGUAGUCAGGGUCAUGUUUAUGUGCGAUGAUGAUGAUGAUGAUGAAGCCGGCGAUCGUGCUGAUAAGGUCACCGGGUGUACCUCCCCAUGCCUCCUCUUUGAAUCCACAGAUCAUCAUGAUGCAACGCUGCUGGCGUCUCCCAAAGCCACUGGCCCUGCGACGAGGUCUUUCUUUGGGCCAGGUAAACAGCCAAGUGGUGGCCUCUGAAACGCCUGAGGCGGAGCCACUGGAUGCAUUCGAGCGACAGUAUCUUAGGGAACGCAUCGAGAUAACGCCGUUUCAGCGGGUGAUCCUGGGAGCCGGGUCCUCCAUUGCUGCCCUGCUGAAUCCACGACGCCACGAUAUGAUCGCCUGCUUGGGUGAGACAACUGGUGAGGAUGCUUUAUGGAAUAUUUUGGAUACUAUGCAGUCCAAUGAGGAGGGUCAGCGCAUUAUGGCCGACAAGCCGCGAAUCCACACCAGUACUAUUGAUUUCAAACGCUUGGAAGCUUUGCCGCCAGACACUUUUGGAGCCGCUUACGUCAAGUUUCUGAAAGAUAAUCAAGUCACGCCCGACAGUCGCAUGGCCGUGAGGUUUUUGGAGGACCCCAAACUGGCCUAUCUGAUGACGCGGUACCGCGAGUGCCACGACCUGGUCCACACGGUGCUGGACAUGCCUACCAACAUGCUCGGCGAGGUGGCUGUCAAGUGGGUGGAGGCUCUGAACACGGGUCUGCCCAUGUGCUAUGGCGGCGCGGUGUUCGGGGCGGUGCGCCUACGUCCCAAGCAGAGGCGUGCGUACUUGAAGCAGUACUUGCCCUGGGCCCUGGAGAACGGAAAGCGGUCCAAGCCCUUGAUGGCCGUUUACUGGGAGAAGCGCUGGGAGCAGAACAUCCACGAGUUGCGCUCCGAACUGGGCAUUACUCUGUUAAAUAAAGUUUGAUGAGGCGUUUUA